CCGCAAACACGAAGAAGCGGAUGGAACCAUGUCAUUUCCAGGAUGCGGGGCCAUCGUUUUCUCUGAACACCGACGCUGCGACAUAAAGCUCCGUUAGUUCCGUAUCUCUUGAGCCGGUUCUCGUGUUAGAAGCGCGUUAUCUGUGUUGUGUGAUCACGCACGUCGAGCGCGCGCCUCCUAAACCAUUACAAUGAAGAAGAAGAGCUCCGAGAAAAGACGACAUGUGGUGGCGUGGGCCAACAAGGCUGAGUGGGACCAGGUCCUGGAGUACCUGUACUCGAAGGACUCCGCCUUACAGAGGUUUGCCCUGCAGAGGAUCUCAGCGUGGAGAGGCAGGUACGCCAGCAGUUCCCCCGUGGCGGUGGACUGCACCGCGGACCUGGUGAGGUGCCAGGUGCUGGACAGGUCCGGACAGCUGGACGGAGAGGAUCUGGUCCUGCUUUAUGGAGCAGGCCUGGUGAGGUUUGUCAAUCUGAUCACCGAGCGGCAGCAGGGGAGAACAGCCCGCCCUCUGAGGCGGCUGGCUGGGAACCUAAACAUCCCAGAGUGGGUCGUGAACCUGAGGCAUGACAUCACGCACCGGAAGCUUCCAACCUUAAAAUGGUGUCGAAAGGGAUGCAAGGUGGUUCUGGAGUGGCUCCAGCAGGAAUACUGGUCCAGGCAGUUGGGAGGAGGGCCUAAUGAGGACUGGGACUCUGAGUCGGAUGGAGAGGAUGAAGAAGUCGACCUCAAACGCCAUGGUGAUGAGCUCAUCGCAAGGCAGAAGAAGAUGGAGGCCUACAAGACCGCACGGGAGCUUCUGAUAUCCUUUGAAAAGGAGCAGUACCAGGCUUUGGAUAGACUCCCUGAGGACAAAGAGAAGAACCUGUGGCCAGCCCCCUUUGCAGACAUGAGCUGGUUACUCGGUGAGAUCAAGCAGUUUGCUGUGCAGUCGAGUAAUCUGGUGAUUGAUGUGUUGCUGGAGGACGGAUUUCUAGUUCCGACUGCGGAACAACUGGAGACGUUGGGCUGCGACGCUGCCUCUGACAACGGCGGUGCCACUGAACCCAGACUUGCUCAAGCCUUCCUGCGUUUCUGGCUGCCGCUCCUGAAAAUACUCAACUCAACGUCCUUUAUUCACCUCCUCCUGGAGAAGCUGUUUGUCGAACUGAAGCUGCUCACCAAAGAGCAGAAUACUCACAGGGCUUUCUACAUCGCGGCGUGGAUUUCAGAAAUCAUUGUCUGUAACAGCAACAAAUUUGAAUACCACUUUGAAACGAAGGGGCAGAAGAAGGCCAGAAUGAAGGACAGGGUCUUUGUAAACCGCAUCCAGCUGAGGUGGCAGCAGCUGCUCUCGGCAUGCCUGGAUUCUCCCUGUGUCAGCACGCCUCACUUGCUCCAGUUGAUCCUGGACGACAUGGAGCAUCCCCUCCCUCUGGAGACCCGACAGAAGCUGCUCCGGCUCUGCUCCAUCUACACACAGGACACACACUGUGAGUCCGACACCCCCCCGCAGCGAAAACAACAGCCCAUAUACACACUGGAGAGCUUGCACGAGAAGCUGCAACAUUCGCGGCGCCUCAACCAUCCUCGGCGUUCGCCGGCCGAGGCAGAGAGGAGCGAGUCCUCCCAGGAGUACAAAUGGGCGGAUGGUCAGGCUGAAAAGGCCAAAUUGCUCCGAGGCUCUCCGUGGCAGGUGUGCAAUGACAAGGUGUUGUGGAAGAACUACCCUCUGGGUAAAGUCCCUGGACAGUCGGAUGACCCUUCACGCCUCAUGGUGGAACACUACUCCACAAUGACUGUCUUUGACCAGCCGGUGGAGCUGGAGAGCAGCGCAGCGCACAGCAUCCCAGGAAGCUCGCCUCCAGUGAGGACAGCUGGCGGGCUUCUUUGGAACCACAGUGACAUCAAUAAGCUGAAAUCUGGACUGCAACUUUUUUGAGUUGUUAUAUAGCUGGCAAAUAAAUUCCUUUAGCUGCUGGUUCAAUAAUUAACUUAAGUUCCAGGUUGUUUUGAAACAUGUUUAAAAGAAACAAAAUUCUCCAACAGGUCAACAUUUAUCUGAGUUAUUCAACAGGAAAGAACGGUCAACAGUCAUAGGUUGCAGCUACCAAAAAGUGACCAAUUGUUUCAUAUAUGGCUUUUUUAAAAUUAUCACAAAUUAUGUCAUCAAUUAAUGAAAUGUCAGAAACUAGUGAAAACAAGUCCAUAAUAGUUUCCCAGAGCCCAAGGUGACUUCUUCAACUAACUUCCAGGCCACAACUUUUUUUCUCUCUCACUCUCACUCUCACUCUCACUCUCAAUCAGCAGAAUAGUUGGAGAAUGAGUUAGUUGUCAGCUAAUCUAAAAGCAUUUGUUAAACCCUUUAUGUUGUCUACAAUAUUUUUAAUAGGUGGAAUUAGUGCAGAAAUUCAACACAUUAUAAAGGGAAUAAUGUGAGAUAAUCUGGAUAUGGUUUAUUCAUAAUGAUGGUGUACAGUGAGGUUUUGUGUCACACUUUUUCUUCGGCGCACUUAUGGUCAAUAAAACAUUUGUCUAUCAACGAAA